AUGCAAAUGCUUUUGAAUUUCAAUGCGACCAUUAUCGAACAACUUACCUAUGAUUUCCAGAUGAUGCGUUCUAAAGCUAUUGCUGACCGAAUGCGAAUUUUAUGCUGGAUUUGCACUUCAGCAACAACUCAACAUUCAAAAGCAAUGCACGUGAAAGCGACUUGGGGUCGUCGCUGCGACAAACUCGUAUUUAUCAGCGAGGUGGAAGAUAAUGAACUUCCGGCCGUCAAAGUAAGAUCAUUUGGAAGCAAAGAUGGACUUUGGGUGAAAACAAUUCAGGCGUUUAAGUACAUUUACAAUGAGUUCGGCAAUGAUUACGACUGGUUUUUAAAGGCUGACGACGACACCUACGUAAUAAUGGAGAAUUUACGGAAGCUCUUACUGCCUUACAAACCGCAAGAUCCGGAAUAUCUCGGGAUGCAUAUGAAAGAUAUCGCCCCACAAGGAUACGCAACAGGAGCAGCUUAUGUUUUGAGUCAAGAGGCUCUCAAGAGGUUGGUGACCAAAGCUUUUGAAGCAAAAAGUGCUGAAUGCCCAAUGCUAACGAAUUUGAUCUACGAAGACGUUCUAUUAGCUCAAUGUUUGAACAUGGUGGGAGUUUAUCCCGGAGAAACCAGGGACUCGAAUGGGCACUACCGCUUUUUCCAUUUUGACGUGGAAACUUACGUGAUCGGAAACAUGACUGCCAUUGGGGACUGGUACUGGGUUCGAGUGAAGUGGCCUCACAAUGAGGAGCACGACCACCGCACCAAACAUCCGAUCGCUUUCCACCACAUGUCGCCAGAUCAAAUUUACCUCAUGGAAUACUUUUUGUACAAUUUCAACAUUUACGGGGUCAAAGAUUUGCAAGUGGUGGAAGAGACUACAAAAAAGGAUGUCCUCCUAUUUACAGAAAGACAAUAA